GACUUGCCUAGUUAAAUAAAGGUAAAAUAAAGGUAAAAUAAAAAAUAAAAAAAAUCCAUGCGAUGUAAUAUCUGGCAGGCGUCAGCAACGCCUGGGCACAAGAAGAUCUUUACAUAACGACAGUCUUCAUUAUUUUGUAACCUUAGCUAGCUAACGUUGUUAUUGCCUAGCUGGCCAGCUAUCAUGUCAGUAGGAAAUGAGUUUUAAAAAACAGUGAAAUAUAGAGGUUCUAACGUUAAUCAGUCACUGCAAGUGAUUUUCAAUACGGAUUGUUAAAUUCUUGAACUGGAAUCAAACUAGUUCAUUCAUUGAAGGUAACGGUAUAUCCUAUGUCUGCCGGCUGAGCGCUCCGACUGUGCCCCGAAGCUCUGUCUAAACGCAAAUACGCCUCGUACGCGAAACAGUUUUGGAAAAAUAUGAACCUAACUUUCAUAUCAGUUAAAAAUAUUUUUCAAAAAACAUAAGGUUAAAUUGCUACACACUUUUUUAGGGUUAGGGUUCCCACACGGCCAUAUUUCCAUGUUACAUCGCUUGUUUACGGAAAAGUCGGCGACUACCUGUGUUAAUUAGCUAUCUUCAUCUCUGAACACCUGUGUGCAACGGAAGAAGGAUGCCACAAACAUGUUGUAACUGGAAAAUAUUGUCGACUGUAACUGUGUCAAAACCGGAAAAAGUGUAAAUCUGCAACCCAACUCUGAGCCAUGUCGUCACGAGUGCUGCUUCGGCAGCAGCUGAUGCGGGAACAAGCCCAGGAGCAAGAGAGACGGGAGGCCCAGGAGCAGGCCUCUGUGGCUCAGCUCAGGGCAACUGACUCCACCCCUGCUAUCGCUGUCACUCUGCCCCCAAUAGCUGCUCGCCCUCCGCCUGCACAGGUGCCCGUGGAGGUUUUGAAGGUGCAGACCCAUCUGGAGAACCCCACCAAGUUUCACAUCCAGCAGUCUCAGAGGCAGCAGGUGAAGCAGUAUCUCUCCACCACCCUCUGCAAUAAGGUGGCAACUCAGACCCUGGGUGUGUCUCCUCUGGCCCUGUCUAGCUCUGCCCCUGAGAUGGCUCCCACAGCCCACAGUGCUCCCAACAGCUCCAUGGCUUUACUCAACCUGGGAUCCAACAAAAAUGAGAUAGAUGGCGUAAUUGACGACAUCAUCAGCCUUGAAUCAAGUUUCAGUGAUGAGUUCAUGACAUUAAUUGAAUUGGGUCUACAGCUGCCUAGUACGCUCCCCGGGAACCUUCUGGAAGUUCACCAUAGUCCUGGAAUGGCAGCACCUACCCUCACUGUCAGCAACUCCUGCCCUGCGGAUCUAACCAAUAUUAAAAGGGAAUACUCUGAUGCAGAUACCAAAGCGCUGGUGAAAGAGAGACAGAAGAAAGACAACCAUAACCUCAUUGAGAGGAAGCGGAGGUUUAACAUCAAUGACCGCAUAACGGAGCUGGGGUCCAUAAUACCCAAGUCAAGUGACUCGGAGAUGCGCUGGAAUAAGGGCACCAUUCUAAAGGCCUCAGUGGACUACAUCAGGAAGCUGCAGAAGGAGCAGCAGAGAGCCAAGGAGGUAGAGAUGCGUCAGAAGAAGCUGGAACAUGCUAACCACAGCUUGAUGCUGCGCAUCCAGGAGUUGGAGGUGCAGGCUCAGCUUCAUGGACUCUCUGGUCUGAGUUCAGACCUCUCCCUCCUCCAGCAGCAGCACCUUCAGCAGGGACGUCAUACACUAGGGCCCAGUGCUGGAAAGGCCUGCUCCCAAACCUUUCUCAGCCUGGGUUCAGCAGCCAUGGCACAGCCUGUCCCUACCUCCUUCCUCUCUCCACCGUCCUCUGACUCCCCUGUGGGUGUGACCAUAGACAGCCCCCUAGAUCUGGGCAGUCUGAGCUUCGCAGAGCUGGAUGACCCCUCCAAUGCUGGGCUGUUCCCAGACGUGGGGUUGGGGGACAUCCUCAUGGACGAGGGGUGCACACUGUCCCCUGAGAGGGUGGACCUACUGUUUUUUGUGUCACCAGGUGCCUCAAAGACCAGCAGUCGUAGGAGCAGCUUCAGCAUGGAGGAGGACUUGUAAAAGGGUCAUAUUGGGGUCAAGCUGGUCGAUAGAGACAAGAGAUUUGGGGAAUGAAAGGGCUGGGGAAGGAGGAGGAGCCCAGGAAAAUAAGAGCCCCCAGAGUUAGAACACUGCAUAUGGCACUGGACUCUGCUUUAAAACAAAGCCAAUUGUUUAACUAAACAGGACUUUGAUCUGAAUCAUGCAUCAGUAUAAAAUAAAUGACAAUCCUUUCCUCUCUUACCAAGUUAAUAUUGGUUCCUAAACGUAGAAAAAUAAAACAAACUUUUCAGUACAUUGUCAAUAGUAAUGCAAUUAUUUUCAAAUGGAACAUAGUAGAAUUAGGAUUUGGAUAUGGACAAUGGACAUUGAUUUUUGCAAGCCUCAACUCAACCAAGAGUUCCCUGCAGAGAAAUGAAAGAGGAAAUAGUGGUGGUUUAGUCAAGUAUAUUAUUGCUCCUUGUAGAGCAUGCACUUUGCAACUUUUGUGGGAAGAAAGCAGUGAGGUUCUUGUGUCUUGGCAUGAACUACAUAAUGGGUGCUCUAUUGAAUUUAGAUAUUUUUUAACUGACUUGAAUCAGGAUUUGUUAGCUUAAAGUGUGCCAGUGUAUGCCUGUUUUUACACAUCUCAGAAGGUUUGUCUAACAAAAAGUAUUAUUUAUUAAAUAUAUGGCACAUUGUGUUUGUGAUAUAAAAAAACAUUUGAUGACCAGUAAAAACAAAAAAAUCUAGAUUUACUGUAUUUACUGUAUUUACUUUCAAAACAUGUUUGUUGCACCUUUUCCUGUUGUCUAUGCAUUUAUUAAAGCUUUUGUCCGUUGAAUGGCUGUACAGCCGGUCAGUAACAUAACAAGAGAAGGAGAGAAGUAAAGGCUAGUGCAGCUAGUCAGCCAAAGCAGGCCACCUUUCACAGAACGGUCAUAUAUUUAAGUCAUUAUACAGGUGUGUUAUAUAUUUGUUAUAUAAUAAAUGGAAGUAUAGCUUUAACGUAUGUCAAUCUCUGGAACACUGCAUGCAACAUGUGUGUUUGUGUUGCAAAAACAUGUACUGGGUUGUGUGUAGUCGUCUAUUUCUGAGACAGUCAUAUGGUCAUUUGUGAUGAUAUGAUAGUAAUAAGAUUAAUAUAGCUAUUUUCCAAGGCCUCUUAACUCUAAACAUACAGUUAAAAUGUAUCCUUAAUCCGCUACUUUUUCCUGAGUCAUCUAAUCUGAAAAGGAGUAUGGUGAUGGGACUGUAACAUUCCCCAUGAUUUUCCCAGAGAUUGAAAUCUGUAUAUGGUUAUUGUGUAUCACUGCUCUAGCCCCCAUAGUCUUUCUUUCAUUUGUAUUGACAAGCUUUUCAAAGAAAAGUACAUUCAUUACCUGUAUAUGUUUAGGGAUCUGUUUCCACAUCUGGAACUCUGUUUUGCUAUGUAUUGCCAUUGAUGCUUCCCAGAUGCUUCUCACUGUUGAAACAAUUGUGCCUUUCCUCCAUGUCAAUGAAGAUACCUGCACAGUGUACUCUCCUAACACAGGCUUUUAUACAGUAAAACACUAUGAAGAUGAAAAUGUUUGAGACAUGAACUCGAAAAACAAUGCAAUAUCUGUCUGUCUGAUUAUCUGUUUCUAAUGCACAUUGUAGUGUUUGUUUGUGUCAAUUAAUCCCUUAAAGGAUGUGUUGCCAACUGGCGGUUUGACACAAAUACAAUUUUAUUAAUUAAUUGUCUGAUUUGAUAUGAGAUCCUCUAAUUUGAAUCAUUUAGAAAAAUAUAUUUUUGCUGUUCUGAUUUUCAGUAAUGGUUCUGCUUUUACUGGAAUGCAAACCUCUAACAGCCUUAAAGGGAAUAUAUUGUUGUUGGCCACUUUUAAUUAUAUUUGAAUGUGUAUGGAAUUACUUGCUUUUUCUAUACUCCGAUAAGCAACCUGUCUAAAUCUACACUAUUGUCUGGUGUGUUUGUUUAUUUUAAACUAAAUAAAAAUCU